UUUCUCUGUUCUGAACCAUCUUCAACCUCUCUCUCUCUCUUUCACUAUUUUCAAGAACAACUGAAGCCCAGAAAAACCCUUUUCCCAUUCUUGGUAUAGGAUCGAAAUCUUCAUAGAAAUGUGUUCAAGAAAGCUUCUUCUGUUCUUGUUUUGCUUCCUUCUUUACUACUCUAAAGACCCGCCUUUUGUAUCAUCAUCUUCUUCUUCUGAUAAUGUCAGUUUCGACUUCCCAUAUUUCAGUCUCAGAAACUUCACUCUCCUCGGCGAUUCUUAUCUCCGAAACGGCUUACUAGGCUUGACAAGAGAGCUCGGAGUGCCAUCUUCGAGCGCCGGGACUGUCAUCUUCAACAACCCAAUUAAGUUGUUCGACCCAGAAACCAAUACCACUGCUUCUUUCUCCACCAAAUUCUCUUUCACCAUUAGUAAUCUCAAUCCGAGCUCUUUCGGAGAUGGGUUGUCGUUUUUUCUCUCGCCGGAUAACCGGAUUCUUGGCAGCCCCGGAAGCUACCUCGGUCUUGUGAAUUCUUCCCAAUUGACCAGAAACAAGUUCGUGGCCAUUGAGUUCGAUACCCGCUUGGAUAUGCACUUCAAUGAUCCGAACGACAACCACGUGGGAGUAGAUAUCGAAAGCCUUAAUUCAAUCAAAACUGCUAAUACUAUGUUGCAGGGGAUUAAUCUCAAAGCUGGGAAUAUCAUCACAACUUGGAUUGAUUACAAGAAUGGUCAAGAAAAGUUGAACGUCUUUCUGAGUUACUCGAAUAUCAAGCCUGAGAAGCCGAUUUUGAGCUUGGAUAUUAGUCUCUAUGAGUAUCUAAAGGAGUCUAUGUAUGUGGGGUUUUCAGCUUCAACUGAAGGGAGUACUGAGCUUCAUUUGAUUGAGAAUUGGAGCUUCCAUACAUAUGGAUUUUUAUCUAUGAAAACAAGAAAAAUUCCUCACAAUGUGUCUGAUAGCUCGGUGACUGUUAUAACACCGAUGAUUCCUGAGGGUGAUUCUUCAAGUAAUCAUCACAAGAAGCUUGGUUUGGGACUUGGGAUAGCUGGACCGGCCUUCUUUUUUGUGGCUCUUGUGGUGUUUGGCUAUAUGUCUGUGAGAAAAUUAAAGAGUAUUAGAACUCAAAAGAGCUUCAUCAACCAUGAUCUUCUAACUAGUCCAAGAGAGUUUACUUAUAGGGAGCUGAAGUCAGCCACAAAGGGGUUCCAUGCAAGUAGGAUAAUAGGCCAUGGAGCAUUUGGUACUGUCUACAAAGCCUUCUUUGCCAAUUCAGGCACCAUUGCUGCAGUGAAGAGAUCAAAGCAUUCGCAUGAAGGUAAAACUGAGUUUCUAGCUGAGUUGUCUAUUAUUGCUUGUUUGAGGCACAAGAAUUUGGUGCAGCUCCAAGGCUGGUGUGUUGAGAAAGGUGAGUUGUUGCUUGUUUAUGAUUUCAUGCCUAAUGGCAGCCUUGAUAAGUUGCUUUACCAAGAAUCCGGACGAGGACCCUGGUUGAGUUGGUCACAUAGACAAAACAUUGCAGUUGGUUUGGCAUCUAUUCUGACUUAUCUCCAUCAAGAAUGUGAGCAACAAGUGAUCCACAGAGACAUCAAGACCGGAAAUGUGUUGCUGGAUGGAAACUUCAAUGCAAGACUAGGCGAUUUCGGUUUGGCAAAGCUCAUGGAUCAUGAUAAAAGCCCUGUUUCUACUCUAACUGCAGGAACAAUGGGAUACCUAGCUCCUGAGUAUCUUCAGUAUGGCAAAGCAACCGAAAAGACUGAUGUGUUCAGCUUUGGUAUUGUGAUUCUUGAAGUGGCUUGUGGAAGAAGGCCAAUAGAGCGCGAAACUGGUACUCAAAAGAUGGUGAAUCUGGUUGAUUGGGUUUGGGGUUUGCAUUCUGAAGGGAAGAUCAUUGAAGCUGCUGAUAAAAGGUUGAAUGGUGAGUUCAGGGAGGAGGAGAUGAGAAAGCUUUUGCUUGUGGGGUUGAGUUGCGCUAACCCGGAUAGCACUGAGAGACCAACAAUGAGAAGAGUCUUGCAAAUUUUGAGUAAUGAAGCUGAGCCUGUGAUUGUGCCAAGGAUCAAACCAAGUCUUACUUUCAGCUUGCAUUAUACUUUGGAUGACAUUGUUUCAGAUGAUGAAGAAGAAGAGGAUUCUAUGGAAUCAAACUCUAUAUGUGAGAUUAAAGUUUCACAAGAAUGAUUUCAAGUUUUUGUUAGAUAAGAUUGAUUGAUUGUAUUUUUCAUUUCCUUUUCUUCAUUCUUUGGUUUUUUUAAAUUGGAAUAUUGUUCUGUAAUGUGGAGAUAUAGAGACUGUAGCAGUUCACUGGCCUCAGUUCAAUUUCAUCUGUUGAACUAUGUGGUCUCUGUUUCUUCCAUACUAUAUAUAAUAAAUACGAAGUUUUGUUUGAAAUGUAUACAAAAAAAGUUUAAUCUUUUGUGCUCUUUUUUACUUCUUUACUUUGUCCAAAAGUGCUUCAUGGUUUUGAUUUUGGUCAAUAUAAUGAAAGAAAAAAAAAAAGCAAAAUAUAUACAAGCAUAAAAUUUGAAUUUAUAUGAAUUGUACAAAAACCAUAGCCCUGACACUAGAAAAGAAAAUCAUAUGCUCUAUUCUACCAAAAACAUACUAAAAAAAAGCAUUGCAACUACUCCUGUAUGUAUA